UAUAUACACAUUAAUUAUAUGCAUAUACAGAUUCUCUCAGAGCUUUUAAUUUGUGUGUAUCAGUGAGAAAAAUGGAAUCAGUGAUGAGGACAGGGAUAAAGAUGGCAGUGGUGACUGUGUUAUUGGGUUCUGCAGUUUUGUGGGUUAUACAGCCUACUGAUAGAUACAGAUACAUUUGGUUAACUAGUAUUCAAAUGCAUGUUAACUCUACCUUCUUUGGAGGACAACAAGGUGCAAUUCUUUUAGUGUACUUCUUUCCGGUUCUCUUUGUUGCUGUCUUGGGCUGCGUCUAUGUCCACCUUGGCAAGACUUCCAAUCAAAACAAUUUUGAAAAAAGCAAUGGCAAAAAGCAUGUUUUAGCCACAUUGAAGAAACCAAUGAUCGUAAAAGGCCCUCUAGGAAUUGUUUCAGGCACAGAAGUGUUUUUCUUGCUGAUGUUCGUUGCACUAUUAAGUUGGUCUUUGUAUACUUAUUUGCACAAGCACUUUGUUACCAUCACUCCUCAGUCAGCUGCAAUGACUGGCCAAACAGUAUGGCAAGACAAAUUUGGGAUAUCAGUCAUUGUUCUAGCUUUGAUGGGGAAUAUAUGUUUGACGUUUCUGUUUUUUCCGGUGGCUCGCGGCUCAUCGGUUCUGCCAUUAUUUGGGUUGACCUCUGAAGGUAGUAUUAAGUAUCAUAUAUGGCUUGGUCACUUGGUUAUGAUAUUCUUCACUACUCAUGGAGUUGGUUAUAUCAUCUAUUGGGCUGUUAUGCAUCAGAGUUCUGAGAUGUUGAAAUGGGCGAAAGCUGAUUACUCAAAUGUGGCCGGAGAAAUAUCAUUACUGGCCGGACUAUGCCUAUGGAUUGCAACAAUCCCUCGCAUUAGAAGAAAGAUGUUUGAGCUCUUUUUUUACGCUCAUCAUCUCUACAUCGUCUUCAUUUUUUUCUUUUUACUCCAUGUCCCCAUUAAUUUCACUUGUAUUAUGCUUCCCGGUUUUUAUCUCUUCUUGAUUGAUCGCUACCUAAGGUUCCUUCAAUCAAGAACCAAUGUUCGCUUAGUUUCCGCUCGCAUUUUGCCCUGCGAGACUUCCGAACUCAACUUCUCGAAAAACCCUAGUUUGAGUUAUAGUCCGACGAGCAUUAUGUUUGUGAAUGUCCCGAGCAUUUCGAAGCUGCAAUGGCAUCCUUUCACAAUUACUUCAAGCAGUAACUUAGAACCUGAGAAAUUGAGUGUUAUGAUUAGAGGUGAAGGAACUUGGUCCAAGAAACUACACCAAUUGCUUUCAUCACCUUCCUCAAUCGACCGUCUUCAAGUUUCCGUUGAAGGACCUUAUGGACCUGCUUCAACUCACUUUCUAAGGCACGACACUCUUGUGAUGGUGAGCGGAGGCAGCGGCAUUACGCCUUUUGUUUCGAUAACUCGAGAUAUCAUCCACGCAAGCACACUGCAGAAUUGCAAGACUCCAAAAAUACACCUAAUUUGCUCAUUUAAGAACUCUUCAGAUCUCACUAUGCUAGACCUUUUACUUCCAAUGUCAGGCAUACCAUCCUCAUUUCCCAAUCUGCAGCUUAAAAUCGACGCUUACGUAACCAGAGAAAAAGAACCGGCCGCUAUCGAUAACUCGAAACUGAUUCGAGCUGUAUGGUUCAAACCCCACCAAACAGACGCACCCAUUUCAGCUAUAUUAGGCCCCAAUAGUUGGCUCUGGCUUGCUGCUAUAAUCUCAUCAUCUUUCAUAAUUUUCCUCAUCAUAAUUGGCCUCAUUACUCGCUACUACAUUUAUCCAAUUGAUCACAACACAAACAAAAUUUUCUCGUACUCUUUUAGAUCUUUUUUGAAUAUAAUAGUAAUUUGUGUAUCUAUAGUAGUAACGGCUAGUGCAGCUGUUUUAUGGAAUAAGAAACAAAAUGCAAGAGGUGCAAUUCAGGUUCAGAACAUUGAAGGGCCAACACCAACUGGAUCACCAGUACCAUGGUCCUAUAAUGGUGGUGACAGAGAAAUGGAAAGCCUCCCUCAUCAAUCUAUUUUAGACAAUACUGUUGUGCAUUAUGGUGAAAGACCUGAUCUCAAGAGAAUGCUAUUUGAGUGUAAGGGAGCAAGUGUGGGAGUACUUGUUUGUGGACCAAAAAAGAUGAGGCAUGAAGCUGCAGCAAUAUGUUCGGCAGGAUUAGCAGAUAAUUUGCACUUUGAGUCCAUCAGUUUUAGUUGGUGAUGAUUAAGUCUUCUGUUUUUUAUGUUUUGGGUGUUGACCUUGUAAGAAAAGAGACUAUUUUGAGUUGGUUUUGCAUCUAAGUGUUAUUAUGUUUUUCACUAAAAAGUUAUUACACUAUUAGAUUUCUGGUA